AAACCUUCAACGGCCAGUUCAGUAUACAUUGCUUUUUCACGCUGCUGCUGCCGCUGCCGCCGCGAAGUUAGAAUACAAAUUUUUGCAAAAUUGAAUUGGAUUUCCUUGUGAAGAUAUCAAUUUGAUAACAAUAUGGAGGACUUGACUGAACUGGAUGGAAUGAAACGUGCUGAGCUGCAACGUCUUGCGAAGAAAGCUGGGAUAAAAGCAAAUAUGAAGACGGAUGCAAUCAUUGAAGAGCUGAAGAAGUACUACACCGAACAAGGAUCCCUUCCUCUAGAUGGAGUGUCGAGUUGUGACGACAAGAGUGGAGCAGAGUCUUCUGCAACAUCAGCAUCAGAAUCUGCAAGCUCAUCUGCGAAUGAGGAACCAGAGGAGACAAAACCCAGUGAAGAAGCCCCUACCAAGAAGGUGGUACGAAAGGGAAGGAAGGGCCGCAAGAGAGCCAAGGAUAAUGUCAAGCCAACUGUGGUGGAGACGCCAGAACAAAAAGUAGCGACUCCUGCAGUUACAUCACCCAGGCCGCUAAGGCGCGCCACAAGAAGCGUAACCCCCAAGACGGAAACUACAUCCCUUCCUGAGGCCACCUCUGAACCAACCCUCCAAAAGCAACUAAGGAGAACGACAAGAAGCGUCACCCCAAAGACCAAUAAUGCACUCCCCGUCAAGACCAGCCCCACGCCAGCUGAUCCACAGCCGCUGCGAAGAGCCACAAGAAGCGUUACCCCUAAAGGAGGCAGCACCUUUUCCGAGACUGUCUUGACACCGACUGUCGCUGCUGUGACUCAUCGUAGGACCUUCGAGGUAGAGCAGCAGAAGGAGGAGGAGAUGACUGUUAUUGAGAGUGACCCUGAGAUGAAAAGAGCGAUCAUGGCAGAGCUUGAAAAGGCGGCUGAAGAACAGUUUGCUCUCCAGAGUAAAAUUCCCAAGCCGAGGUCAAAGGUCAUCAAGCCCGUAACCCCUGGCAACAAGGACUGGUCCCGCAUCCAUCAAACCAACUUCAACAAGAUGGAGUCAAUUGACGACUAUCUGGCACGGAAGAGAAAGAGAACGGAUACUCUGUCGGCUUCAGUCAAGAGGGCAAAGCUAAUUGCUGAUGAAGCCAAGGCAGCUGUUGAGACCCUGACCACACAUCGCACACCGCAGUCUACUGCCAAAAAGACAGCCAAGCCAGUAUCCCGAGCCCACCCUGGCAACCUGACCUUCAUGUCCCCCAAGACAUCCCUGACAAAACGUCGUGCUGCUAGCACCAAGACCACCACAAAAAACCCCUCAAUCCUCAAAGGCACUGCCUCCAAGACAGUUACCUUCAAGACGUCACGUCUGAAGACCCCAACGAGGGCGGCUGUGCUCCUCGGCGGUGGAAUUGAGCCCAAACUGAAGAGAAAAUCUACACCCGGCCCGAGAAAAUCUGUCUCGGUUCUCGACACUUCAGCCAAAAAGAUCACAGAGUUCUCAUCGAGAAAAUCACUUGGGGACUCACGCAGGUCAAUUGGAGAAUUACGAAAGUCAAUUGGAGGUGCCAUCACUCCUUUCAAGUCUAGUCAGACCCCAAACAAGCCUUCGUUUGACCUCAAAGCUUCCCUCAAUAAGCCACUCGGAUAUAAGCCCCACACUGGUAAGCUGAAACCCCUUCAGGUGUCCACUCUCUACAAGACAGCGACAUCGAAUAUCCAGAAAGCCAAGGACACGUUGAAGAAACCAGUACUGAAGACACGUGAAGAUAGACGAGCAGGAGCUAAGCAGAACCGGGCAAACAAAAGAGCAAAUGUUCUCAUGUCUCGACGAGGUAUCAAUGCUUAAAUUCAACUUUGUUGCAGCUGUAAAAAAAAAACAGAGAAAGCUUUGUUCAUCCAUGACUUGAAUACAUAGGCACUACAGGGUUCUCCUUUAACAGUGGUCUACUGCCUAGCCAAAUGUCAGUUAAAACACCAAAGG